GAGGUAGAGAAGGUGAGCACGGGAGAGAAGAAAAGGUAUCUGCUGCUGGUGUUAGACGGCGGCUGCCAAGUCAUGCCAGAAAUUGCCGCGGGAAGUGGUGUCCAAACUGAGCGAGAUCGUACACGGCAGCAGGAAAAGCAGGCGUUUCUUGGAAUGAAGCUGGUAGAAACCACAAUUUGUUCUUUUUCUCGGCUACGUGUGGUUCAUUGCGCUGCUGGUGACGGUGUUCGAUGUGGUGCGGUUGCUGUUGGACGUCGUGGUGCGAAGAUUUGCUGCCUGAUUUGCGCCGGGCUGCACAUCCAGGGAUUCCUGCACUAUCCGGAACCGUUUCCCCACGAGAUGUUGUUCUGCGGUCUGUACGCCAGCUACUUUCUGAUCUCGUUCUACUCGUUCCUGUUUCUGUACAAGGGCUGCUGCGAGUUAAACUACACCGUCGAGGCGAUAGUGUCGGGCGCUGCGUUCCUGCUGUUCGUGGUGUCUGCGUUUGUUUCGAUGUACCACGCGGAAAAGGACAUCCAUCUUCAGUACCUGACGGAUGAGGAGGAAUGGUAUCACCCGUUUUUUGUUUAUUGCCGAUUACAAAGCUUGGGUGCAACAAUUACGGCACAGAUGUUUCUGGUGCACUGUUCACUUGCGCUGGAUUUGGCCGGGCUGCUUGACCGAUGGUUUGGACGACUCGGUGGCCGUCGGUCGGUUGCCGAGGGCGGUUUUUCGACGGAGGAUGUGCAAGCAAGUUUAAGAUUGAAAAUCAACCCUUUCUGGAUGCCCGCAUGGAAAGCUAUUCUCAAACGACUCCCAUGCGACUGUAAGACCGAAUCUAGCGGUUGAGCGAUGGCCCUGAAAAUUAUAUAGAUUCAAUUCGUAGUUGAAUAACUGCUAUUAUUAAUAAUAAAGUUUUCAAACGA